AUGAUAGUUUAUAAUUUGCGUUGUUCUUUCACUCUUGUAAGCGAUUAUUUCAUUCAUAGUAUGGGACAUGAAAAAAAAACCUCCGAUGAGCUUAAAUCUUCUACAUCGUUAAUAGUCAAACAAAGGUCGAUGAGGAGAGGCGAGCGUUUUCUAAUGCUGAGAAGGCCCUCAUAUUUACUACGUAUAUCUAGGUUUCCAUGCACAGGAGGGCUUCGAUUUAAUUCACAGUCUCCGGCAUUGCUUCCAUUCCAGUCGUCAGCGUGGCUAUUGGAACCGUCAGAUAGAGAACAAAAGAAGUUCUUUCGAGUCAUUUCAUCUCGACAGCAAUAUCCAAAACUUUCAAAGCAUCUAGCAGAAUCUUUUACUAACUUUGUUUUCCGUUUAAAUGAGGCCUUUGAUAAGUUACGGCAUGAUGCAUCCUUCACUAACAUGCAUAAUACAAGCUUAGAUGCUAGGAACCAAGCUUUAAAUAUACUUUUCGAAGAGAUUAUUAAACAGAUAGAGAAUUAUGACUCAAGAGCUCCGUUUAAAUUUUCAUUAGACGAAGCAAUACAACCUAGACGUGUUAGCAACCUCAUCCAGCAACUGGUUAAUAUAAAACUUUUACAUAACAGGCAAUGGUCAGAAAUUAUUGGGAUUGAAGAAGUUACGGAGAGUGCCAUAUUCGAAUAUAUUUUGGAAAAACACCUAGGUCACAUUUUAUUCAAUGAAGUCCUACCUAAAACGUUACCUUCCGUUAGUCUAGCGAAUCGGCCAUUAGACCUCAGUAAUCCAUCGACCUGGUAUCCCAAAGCCCGAGAGUUAAAGCGUACAAUAGUGAUGCAUUUGGGCCCUACGAACUCUGGAAAGACUUUUAAUGCUCUUCAGAAACUGAAGCAAUGUAAUCGAGGGUACUAUGCGGGGCCUCUGCGACUAUUAGCUAGAGAGGCGUAUGAAAGAUUUAGAAAAGAAGGCCUCCGCUGUAAUUUAUCGACAGGAGAAGAAAUGAUAGAUGACCUGGACUCUAUGGGUAAUAAGGCAGGCUUAACUUCAGGAACCAUUGAAAUGAUUUCGCUAACGACUAUGUAUGACGUUGUGGUGCUGGACGAAAUCCAAAUGAUGGGCGAUACUGAGAGAGGUUGGGCUUGGACGAAUGCACUGCUAGGGGCUAGAGCUAAAGAGAUUCAUGUUUGUGGAGAGGGAAGUGUGCUGCCGUUAAUUCAUAAAAUUGCAGCUGUUACGGGAGAUAAUGUUGUUGUUAAGGAAUAUGAAAGAUUAGGUGGGUUAGUUGUCGAGCCGAAUCCAAUAGCUCGUAACUUUAAAAACCUAAAACCUGGCGAUUGCUUGAUCGCCUUCUCUAAAAAGAGAAUUCUAAAAUAUAAGCUGGAGAUUGAAAGGACUACUAACUUCAAAGUGGCAGUUGUUUAUGGAUCACUUCCACCUGAAAUUCGAGCCAAACAAGCCGCUAUGUUCAACAGUGGCGAGUCAGAAAUAUUAGUGGCCUCAGAUGCAAUUGGUAUGGGUUUAAAUCUCUCUAUUAAAAGGGUGAUAUUUCUCGAGAAUAGCAAAUUUAAUGGAACUGAACAGCUUCCGUUAGAGAUUCCAAUAAUCAAGCAAAUAGCCGGACGGGCAGGCAGAUUUAAAAGCGACAGCGGUGAAAAAUCCAUUGGGUAUGUUUCCGCAUUAGAUCGGAGUAUAUUGAAAACUGUGAAGGAUGCUCUUGCUACACCUACCACCUACUUAGAAACGGCUCGUAUCUGGCCUCCAGAUAAUGUCGUCGAAAAAUUAAUGACUAAAUAUCCGACUGGUUAUAAACUCUCCGCGCUGGUAGAACAGUUUGAAGAGAACCUGAAGACAUCCAGCAAUGCAUUAUUCUCAUUGAGUGAUAUUUCAAAGAAAAUCGAACUGCUGCAGGAGAUUGAGUCUUCUGUAAAAUUAUCGGUAUCUGACAUGCUUAAAUUAAGUUAUGCUCCAGUCAAAAGGUCGAAUCUUGUUUUGUCAACAUUUUUGAAAUUCUGCAAGACAGUUGCUAAAAAGGAAUCUAGAUCCAUAAUUGAUUAUUCGUUACCGUUAUACAAGUUGAAUCCAGAAUACACUACAGAUGACACCAUGACGCUUGAAAAUUACGAGGAGCUACAUCAGAUUAUAGUACUCUUUAUGUGGAUGCACAUCAGGUAUCCUACUUAUUUUAUUGACAUUGAGUCUGCGAUAGACUUUGGCAACAACUGUGAAUACAUCUUGUUUCAAAAGCUCCUGCUCCUAAAAAGGGAUCCAUAUAUUAAGAAAAGUUUCCCUAUAAAGUCACCCCGAACUUAUAGAUCUCAGAAAACCAACUAG